AUCUUCAGAGAAAAUAUCUUAAUAAAUAUUUAUAUCGAGGAUAACAAAUCCUGACUUCCUGAGCUUCUUUGCUCAACCGGACCUGUUCACUCCCGUGGCACCCUGCCAAAAGACUAUCCUCACUCGACAACGCUCUCUACCACAUUCAUUGAUCGCAAAUAAUCACUGGGAAUCUAUAAACAUACAAAAAAAUCAGCCUUAUCAAAUAAUAUCUAUCUUAGACUUAAUUAACAAAAAAAGAAACAAUCAUGAAUUCCAAAGUCUCUUUCAGCGUUUUGGCUGUGGCCAUUAUCUGCUUACUGCCCAUGACCUCAGGACACUCUACAUAUUCCAUGGAACAGACCUCCUCCAGUUCAUCGUCCAACUCCACAACGAGCCAAGGGACCAUUACAGUUGGAAGCACCGAGCAACCUCGCUGGCGAGACCACGCCCCAGAUGAGGGCUCCCAACCAUCCAAGUCUUCCGACCAAGAUGAUGAUGAUGACUCGGAGUCGGCCCCAGAGUCCGAGAAACCAACCCGGACAACUCCGGGGAGCUAUGGGCAAGAGCCAGAAUACAUGGGAGGCGCCCCUUACUCGAAAAACUCGACGUAUAUCUCAGACCCAUCAGUUCCCUCUCCUGAUACCCCCACCCCAACAGUGAAUUGUCCCGGCCCAACUGAUCCUGCCACCGGGGAAGGAUACCUAGACUCCGACCAAAACUGUGCCAUCGCCUGUUACAAUAACCUUGUCCUCAAUCAAGCUGGUGAUGCUUGUGUCUGUCCACCCACAUUUCAAUUUGAUCCGGUUGAAGUCAAAUGCAUCUGUCGCAGUCCGUUUGUCCUGAGAGGCUCCAAAUGUGUCUUGCUCCCAUCCCAAGUAGCAGGUGCUCGUCAUUCCAACAAGAAACGAUCCUUGAACAGCCAAUUGCCAUUUGGAGUCGAAAUGCUGCACGGGAAAUAUCUGCGAACCGAAGUGGACCGCUUGAACUGCCCGUCCAACGAAAUUUCCUGCCAGAUGCCAAGUGGAGGGUACGAGUGCCUCGAUCCCGAUGUAACACUUGACUCGUGUGGCGGGUGUCUAUCCGCCGGCACAGGAGUUGACUGUCGCAACAUGACUGGGGCUGGAGACGUGGGCUGUAGUGCAGGUGUUUGCCAAGCGAUCACCUGUCAAAAGGGAUACCGAUUGAUCGAUGGAAAAUGCAUCCGAAACCCGCGCAGAAGAUCUUGAGUCGGUCCGCCCCACCGAGCUUGACGCGCAAUCUUGUCUCUACUUGCGCUUAUCGACCCUCAAGACGCCCCAUACCUCAUCUUAAAACACAAAGCAAAAAAUAUCCACUCAAAUAUCGAUAAGAGUGGACAAUAUUAUCUAAAGAGGAAAAAAAAAAAUCAUUUCAAAAUCAAACACUCUCAAGCAGUAAAAAGGUGACCGGAUGUCUCAGUCAAACUGGGUUGUUGAAAGGAAGCCACUUUCUUGUGAAUGCUUUCGUCUUUUUUUCGCAGGUUUCAUUCAUUUUCCAUUUGGUAUAACCACACACUAUACGCUCGUUAACCACAGUACCACUUCCUUUUUCUUUUUCUUUAUCUCUGCGCUACUACAUACACAUCUUAAAUUAUAUUUGUACUACAUCUUCGCAAGCAAUCAUUUUUUGGAAAUCAAAUAUUAUACUGGGAAUUGUAGACCUUUGGAGAUCUUGGACAGGUCUCUGGCCAUUCAUCUGAUUCUAGAUACUUCGCAAUGUUACAUGGAGAUUCG